AUUACUGGUUACCGUUUCAUCUGCUUCUGCUACAGCUAAAGAGCUACUGUAGAAGCUCUCUGAAGUGUUGGUCCUGAGUUGAGAGAGAAAGAGAAAGAGACGAUGACUGCUCCCAAGUUCAUCAAGUGUGUCACUGUGGGAGAUGGAGCAGUUGGAAAGACCUGUAUGCUCAUCUGUUAUACCAGCAACAAGUUCCCUACUGAUUACGUACCUACUGUUUUUGACAACUUCAGUGCUAAUGUGGCUGUGGAAGGGAACAUUGUCAAUUUGGGGCUAUGGGAUACUGCUGGUCAGGAAGAUUAUAGCCGGUUAAGGCCACUAAGUUACAGAGGAGCAGACAUUUUUGUUCUGGCUUUCUCCUUGCUUAGCAGGGCAAGUUAUGAAAAUGUUCUGAAGAAGUGGAUGCCUGAACUUCGUCGAUUUGCACCAAAUGUACCUAUUGUUCUUGUAGGGACAAAGUUAGAUCUUCGUGAUGCUAAAGGAUAUCUGGCUGAUCAUAUGGGUUCUGGUGCAAUAACAUCUGCUCAAGGAGAGGAACUUAGGAAACAAAUUGGUGCAGCAGCUUAUAUCGAGUGUAGCUCUAAAACUCAACAGAAUGUCAAAGCUGUUUUUGAUACUGCAAUCAAAGUCGUGAUUCAGCCUCCAAGGAGGAAGGAGACACCAAAGAAGAGGAAGCGUAGAAGUUAUGGUUGCUCAAUUGUGAGUUGCAUCACUUAUGGAGACUGUGCUGCUUAGGACAUGGGUAUCCCUUUUUUUCAAAUGUAUUUGUGUGUGUCUGUGUAACUACCAACAACUAAAGGACAGAGGGAAUUUUUCGUUCUCUCAAGAAUUGGUAUCUGUUGGGAGCUCUUUUGAUGUGUUGUAGCUGUAAAUUACGACUUGCUUGCAAAAUGAAUUUGUGCAUUCUACAA